CACCCAAUCAGGCGCGGCGGAAGAUCGCAUUUUCGCAGCGAUGGCGACUCGAAGCGACCUCGACGAGAUGGAAGCCGACGCGCUGCCGUCGGCGUUGGCCGCGAUGGCCGAGUGCGUCAAGUACACGAGCGGCCUCGCUGCGUUCUACGAAGCGUCAUUCGACGGUGCCAAGGCUGUCCACGCAAGCCAGACGAAGGAGGGCGUCGCCAGCCUCCAGGAAGCGCUAGCGCUUGUCACAUCCAACCUCACCAACAUGUCGUCCACGCUCACGGCCUACAUGGAUUGUCAGUGCGAUGAGCUCGACCGUGUCCACAUCAAGGUCGACGCGCUCAAGCUGAGGCUUGCAGAAGCCAAGGCGGCGACACAGCGUCCUGUCAUCGAGGCCACAAGGGCCCAGCACCGUGCCAAGACACGGGCAACACCACCACCUUCUUCGAGUCAACAUGUGGCAGGCUCCGAUCGAUCGCCCGAAACACAGCUGCCAUACCAGUAUGGGUCGAUUCAAGCGGGAUUACAAGCCAUCAAGAUCGCCGCUCAAUCACAAGUCCACGCCGAACGCGACCAGCUCAAGCUGCGCACGCUUCCAUGCCAAGCCAACGACAUCGAACACAUAGCGACUGAUACAACGACAGACCCCGUUGUUGACGCGGAUACGCUCAAGAGCACUUCUUUGUCUGCACUCCGCCUCUCAGCUCUUCAAAAGGCCUUCGGACCCGAGGCAACGGCGACGCACUCUUAACAAACCAUCCACACGGUUCUUGCAGUUAUA